GAUGCCCUGGCUCGAAUCUGUGGAAUAUCCAUGGCAGACCUUAACACCAUCUCCUCCAAAUUAGGACUGACAGCGAUAACAGAAAGGGAACGCCAGUUUUUAAAGGAGUACUGUACUGCGAUGAAGCCCCUUACAGUUGCUUUAGAUAUACUUCAGGGAGAAGACAAAUGUUUUCAUGGUACACUCCUACCAACGAUGGAGACAUUAAUGCUGAAGACAGAAGCCCUUAAAAGUGGCCUGCAAAUACUGAGGGACCUUCCUGACGCCAUAGUCAAAGCUAUCAAAACCAGAUUUGCUGAUGUCCUGGGAAAUGAAGAGGCGAUACUUGCUGCCGUAACUCUUCCAAAAUUCAAACUUCGCUGGCUGCGGUCACAGGAGUUAAAGGAUAAGGCUAAGGCAAGUUUGCUGGCAGAGUGCCGUAAAAUUGUCCAUGAAGAACCACAGCCAGGUACCAGCAGCACAUGUUCACAUCACACAGAUUCAGCCAAAGAGAGCGAUUUCUUUGCUUUUGAGGAGGAUGAGGACACCUCUUCAGCAGAAAACCAGGUGGCAGACUAUAUUAGAUCUUCAGAACAAAACUUAAACUCUCUGUGUGGAUUUUCUCUCAUCAAGAAAAUUUCACUACGUUACAAUGCUGCUACUCCAUCUAGUGCACCUGUUGAGAGACUGUUCAGCCUGGGCAAACUUGUUUUCUCUCUGAAGAGGAACAGGCUGUCGGACAAAAGAUUUGAAAAGCUUCUCCUUCUACGUUACAACCACUGGUUUAAUUGUUAGAUGAGGAGUAUUUCAGUAUAGAUAGAUUAAUGCAUUGAUCAUUUUCACUGAGAAUGAACAACAUGUUAAGCUACAUUGAGAGUUGGAUAGUGCUCUGUUUAUUGUGCAAUAAUAUACAGGUUCAGAGAAUUGCACUACUUAAAGGUCAAAUUUUCGAUUGUUUCUUUUACAGAGAUUUGCACUAUACUUAAUGGCCAGAUCUUCCUUUGUUACUUUUUACCCAAGUUUACAUU